AACCAAGCUUAAAUCAACAAGGAUUUAGUGACCAACAUUUAUCUUAAGCCAGUUUCUACUGAUAUUCUACUAUUAAUAUCCCUUUUUUGAUGGGAAAAAGUCAACAGGCCAGGGCUUGUGUUGAUGGGUGGUUUCAGCCCCUUAACUCCCUGUUGGAUCUGUGCCUGAUUUUGCCAAUUGAAGACUUUGACUCGUAGUAAAAACCACAGUCAAAUGUUUAAUCCCUGCUUAGUGCCAAAUACUGAAGUUUUAACAUACUAAGCUACUUACUUAGGCACCAAAACAUACAAGCAGUACAGAGCAGAUCUAUGGAAGAUAAAAACUAUUUUCAUUUCCCCCACUUAUCCAGGAAUAUUCUAGAUAGGACACUAAAGUAAGUAUUGUAUUCAGUGAUUAUAAACUGAUUUAGAGUGUAUGUUAUUUGAUGUAGACAACACAACAUUAAGAAUUUCAUUUAUUACAGAUUCCCAGUACACAAAUAAUAAACACUCAGUGAGCAAACAAAGUAGAGCUAGCACAGACAGAGAGGAUGGCAGGAGGGGUCUUCCAUGUAGAGUUUGGUUUCAAUGACACAGCAUUAACCAGGGCACUUGAGUCGGGAAAUUAUGUGCAGUCAGAGAGACUCAUAAGAGAUACAACUAAUCCCUCUUCCUUAGAUGAAGGUUGUUACCAAAGAACACCAUUGUAUAUCUGUCUUUGUGGCCUUGAUGUUGAAGAAACCAGACCAAGACCAAGGAAUCUCUAUUUAGCAAGAUUACUUAUAGAAAGGGGAGCCAAUGUUAAUUACAGGGUACCAACUACUUACUUUGGUAGUGAAUAUAGUGGACCAGGAAAGACACCUUUAGAGCUGCUUGUAGAUUUUUACAUAGAGCUUACCAGUCUUCAUAGUCAUGAACCAUGGUAUACCAAUUAACACAUUCUUAAUAAA